CACUCACAAUUCAACAAUCUUAUAAAUUAAAUCUUCAAUAAUUCGCAUGGAUUCGAGCAGAAAGCGCCGAGGUUUCAUCAAAGGCAAAUUGAUGCCAUUUUAUCGAUCAUCGAAGCCUACGAGUACUACGACAACUAAUGUUGUCAAUCAAUAUAGUAGCAAAGUGAUUAAGCCAAGCCAAUCGAAUUCUGCUUCCGCAACUUAUAUUGUACAUCAUCACCACCACCAUCAUCAUCAUCAGGACUAUAAUAUUGUUGCUCCACCGAAGCAGAAGGUGUCGUUUAUAGUUCCGGCUGCAGCUGAUCAUCAGAAGAAUCGCGCCGAUAAAUUGUUAAGCCAGUUGGAUAAAUUGUAUGGGAUGGAUGAGAGUGUGGAUUUGAAAACUGCUACUUAUAUCUCUUCUGUUCAAGAACGGUUUAAGCUUGAACGUAGCAACUCCGAACGAGUCAAAGUCGAAGAUAAGAAGUGAUCGUUGGACGAUUACUAGCUAGUGAUGAUGAUGAUCUACAGGAACUAAUAAAAUUUAUGAAAAAAGAAAAUAGAUUUAUAGUAUGUAGUAUUAUAAUUAGGGUGUGUUGUAUUAAUUGUUAGUUAGCUAACAACUUCUGUAGAAUUAAGGCAGGACCUUGCUGUUAGAUUAGUGAAUGCCUUUUGUAUCAAUGCUGAAAUGAAGUAUAAUGGCAACAAAUUUACUUACGUAGCUA